AUGUGAUAUAUCCCCACACGGCGUUCUUCUGUGCUCACUACUGAGAAACCAUUCAUUGGCGGAGGUUAGUGGCGAUUUAGUUUUGAGAUUUUUGUCGCUGAUCCAAGUCUAUAUUUUCAAUACAUUCGCAGAACAGCAAACGAUUCCAUCAUGGAUGCUGGUGCAACUCUCCUUUCCAAGUCCUAUUCCCCGACAGUUCCAGUCUUUCCAACACAGACCACAGUCGGAACCAAGACAGACCAUGCCCUGUCGAAAGAACUUGCCAAAAUGAGUGGCCUAGGAGAAACUGGGGUCUACGGUGUUCCUACCGGUGCACCUGCUGCACAGGGUUUCCGCUCUGGCAAGCACACCACUCAAGAAUGGCAUGAAUCUAACUACAACAAAUACCUCCAGAGUUUCACAGACCGUGAUAAUGCUGAGAGACUAUGCCACGAGUCUAAACAGCUUUCCAACGAGACCCAUGCACUUACCAUGCGUACGCAAUCCGAUGUCACAAAGAAGCUAGGGGAGAGGAUGAACGACAUCCACUUUUGGAAGUGUGAGCUCAACCGUGAAAUUGAGGAAAUGAUUCAGGAGACGGACCUUCUAUGUGCACAGAAGAAGCGGUUAGAGAAUGCCUUGGAUGCAACAGAAGUGCCUCUGAAUAUUGCAAGGGAUAAUCUUACCUGCAGGACAAGGAGACAGGACAUUGAUCUUGUUGGAGACAGGGUAGAAAUGGCCCUUAAUAAGGAAGAUGAUAUCAUCACUAAGGUUCAAGAUCUACUGAAAAGGACAAUAGAACAGUCUGAUAGGCAAAUCAAGCUCAAUCGUGGUUCAAAGCACAAAUUGACCAUGGACUGGUCAGAUAAAGUCUCUGCCUUCAAGAUUGAUGAGAAAUGCACUGGACUGAACAACAAUUCAACUGAGAUCCAGUACAAGGAAGGAUCAGCUAAAUUUGAAGCAGUUCAAACAGAUCCACAAUCCUGGGCAGAGUUCUCACAUGACAACAUCGUCCGUGCCGAGCAUGAACGUCUAGCCUCUCAGCAACUCCGAAACCUGAUCGACCAGAUCCUCACAGAUACGUCCAACGACAUGAGGGAACAAUGUAACACCGUCAACACCGAGUUCGCACGUCGCAUUGAAGAAAUGAAUGAUGCCAAGACCAAGAUGGAGAAUCACUUGCUGAAGACUGUUGAAGACAUUGCCGGCAUGGAGAAGAACAUCAAGGAUCUGACACAGGCCAUUAAGGACAAAGAGGCCCCAAUGAAAGUAGCCCAAACAAGACUGGACCACAGGACAUAUAGACCAAAUGUGGAACUCUGCAGGGACCCAGCCCAGUACAGGAUGGUUCAAGAAGUUGGCGAGAUCCAGGACUCGAUUGACAAGCUUCGACAGAAGCUGGCUGAAUCCAAAGCCUCACUGAAUGACCUGAUGGACACCCGCAUGGCCCUAGAGAAGGAGAUUGCCCUCAAGAAGAACAGCAUCUUUGUCGAUCGCGACAAGUGCCUCAAAUUCCGCACCCGCUACCCAUCCACCUCCAAGCUUGUGGGAUAUCAGUAAAUGUCACUGAUCCGUCACGUAUUGUAAUAAAACAAACGUUACGAAUGUGAGCAUGUUCAGUAGUAGGAAGGAAACCAAAAUGUCUUUGUUUAGGUAUUUUUGCAAUGUAAGCUUGGAUAUCUCAAUUUAUUGGUUAUAGCUUAUACUGCAAUUUAGCUGAAGGCUGAUUGUGAACUAUUCACUGUUUUUGGAAUACAGGUCUUUGAAGCGAUACUGUACCAUUUGCUCACUUUUGUAGUUGUUGAAUAUCAGCAAGCAUUUAGAUCUAUUCAUUUGCAUGUAUCUAUAUACCAUCUGAAACAGUAUUGCCGUACAAGCAUACAUGUACAUGCUAAAGCUGGAAUGAAGAAUCAAUAAACAAAGCUGCACAGAAAUUUGGAUUGGUCCCUUAAAAAAGAUACUCAUUUUGGACGUUGGAAUGUGCAUAUUUAUGUAUGAAACUAUGCAUCCAGAGAUUCUGGAGUUAACUCUUUGAGAUCAAUAUAAUGGGGAAAUACAAUGGGAUAUACAUGUAUUUGUUCAUGUUCAUCGUAUCAAAAGCAAUUCAGAUAUGUGCAUGUUCUUU